AUGAGUCCAAUGAAUCACAGGAACACAACAGAAGUUUCUGAGUUUCUCCUCCGAGGUUUUACAUCCCAGCCAGAGGUCCAAAGGCUUCUCUUCCCUCUCUUCCUUUCUGUCUAUCUGCUCAUCCUCCUGGGAAAUGUCACAAUCAUCUUGUUGAUCCGCUCCAACACGCAGCUCCUCCAGACUCCCAUGUACUUCCUGCUCAGCCACCUUGCCCUAGCUGACCUUGGUUUCACCUCCACCACCAUCCCCAAGGCAUUAGAUAACCUGCUGUCUCAGAAGAAGACUAUCUCCUACCGUGGUUGUCUUUCUCAAAUAUAUUUCUAUUCAUUUUUUGGCAACUCAGACAGCUUCCUACUGGCUUCCAUGGCCUACGACCGUUAUGUGGCUAUCUGCUGCCCGCUACGCUAUUCUAACAUGAUGAGCCACAGGCGUUGCCUUCAACUGGCCACAGUGUCCUGGCUUCUCCCCAUAAUUGACUCACUGCUUUAUACUCUUUUGCUAUCCCAUGUUGAGUUCUGUGACCCUGAAGAGAUCCCUCAUUUCUUCUGUGAUCUUGUCCCAUUAUUGUCUGUCUGCUGCUCUGAUACGAGCCUCAUAGAAACACUUCUGCUGACUGAGGGGAUGGUGGAUAUCCUGGGGCCCUUUGUGGUCAUUAUUCUUUCGUACGCCCUCAUCUUUUAUUCCAUCAUGAAAAUUCCAUCUGCCGUCGGGAAGCGCAAGGCUUUCUCCACAUGCGGGUCCCACAUUUGCGUGGUGGUCUUGUUCUACGGCACUGUAAGCUGGGUGUAUUUAAAGCCGAAUUCCAAGAACUUAGACUACCAGGACACAGUGGCAGCUGUGAUGUAUACCAUGGUGACCCCCGUGUUGAAUCCUUUCAUCUACAGCCUCAGGAACAGCGAGAUGAAGACGGCCAUGAAGAGGGUCAUUAUGCGGCAUUUUUGA